GCGAGCGUUGAACCUGGGCAUCCUGCGCGACCCGGGGUCAGAGGUGGAGGACCGUCAGUACCAGCUGGAUCUGCAGUCCAUCAACAUCGGUACCGCCCAAUGGGACCAGCUCAAACCAGAGAAGGAGGGGUCUAAGGGGGGCGUGUCCACCGAGACAGAGAGGAACUCACAGAACCCUGCCUUGGAAUGGAACCUGGCCAGCAGUAUAAGGAGACACCAGGAGAGGAGAGCCAUCCUCACCCCCAUCCUGACGGACUUCUCUGUCAGGGUGACAGCAGCACCUGCCAUCAUAUUCAACAAGCCCAGAUCCCCUGACAACAGACAAGUGGAGGAGGUGCUGGUGUGUGGUCACUCCCUGGAGGUGAAUGCAACAUCUAGUCUGCAGUUCUUCCUCAGUGUGGCCCAGGUCCACCUGCUGCAGCUACUGUUCCAAGCCAACAUGGUGGAGAGACCUGCCCCAGAGACCAGCCAGGUAAGAGAUGGUCACAUCCCAACUCAGGUAAACAUGGUGGAGAGACCUGCCCCAGAGACCAGACAGGUAAGAGAUGGUCACAUCCCAACUCAGGUAAACAUGGUGGAGAGACCUGCCCCAGAGACCAGACAGGUAAGAGAUGGUCACAUCCCAACUCAG